CGUACGUAAUACUGCGCCGGCGCAAGUAAUCAGUUCGCUUGCGUCCGUGCAACGUUCCGGUAGCUGCCCGGAUUUUUGUUUUUUUGUUUUAGACACCAGGUUUAAACGGUUCUGAAGUGUGUCAAUAGUGUGUAGUGCUUUUGGUGCAAUCAAGCGUGGUUACAAAUUCAAGGGCUCUCGUACAGUGUGUCUUAUAGCCUCGCAGAACUUCGAGUGUUCAGUGUUUGUUAGUGCAUUGCAAUAGAGGCCAAAUCAAAAGUUUCCCAAAUUCGGGUCUUUCUAACCCCAUAAAAAGCCCGCAUUCUUCCACCCGGGCCCGGGCUGGAUGAAAUUAAAUCAUAAUUACAACAAGACACUAAUUAAGCGCUCCCACCGGCCACACGAUUCUUGGCGCUUGUUGCACUUGUUCCGCGGCUGGGCUGGAGACAGAUGCCGGCGAGCGGCUGUAACACACGGCUUUGAUGACCAUUUAGUGGUGCGUGUAAAGGAAUUCCACCGACACCGAGGACAUCGAGAUGCUGUCGAGGGUAAUUAGUUUUGAUGAGGUUGUUAAAACAUCAAUCGAAACAUUCCGCAACACGUUCGGUGCCGAGCCGGAGCUGGCCGCCUGUGCCCCCGGCCGGGUCAACCUGAUCGGUGAGCACAUCGACUACAACGAUGGCUUCGUCCUGCCGAUGGCACUGCAGCUCGGCACGGUGAUCGUCGGGCGGCGCAAUGGGACCGACUCAACCUGCGACGUCGUUACCUGCUCGGACAGCAUCCAGGAGGGCACGAAGCGGGCCCAAUUCGACAGCAGCACCAUCGCGAAAGGAUCGCCCAAAUGGCUUAACUACGUGAAAGGUGUGAUGUUUCAUUUCCGCCAGCCGGUACCGGGCUUCGAUGCGGUCAUCCACACGAACGUCCCCGUGGGCAGUGGGCUGUCCAGCUCGGCCGCCCUCGAGGUCGCCACCCUAACGUUUCUGGAGCGGCUGACUGGGAAACCUGUGCCUAGUAUGGCCGACGGUGCCAAGAUGUGCCAGCGGGCGGAGCAUACGUUCGCGAACGUGCCGUGUGGCAUAAUGGACCAGCUGAUUGCGCUCGGUGGUCGAGCCGAUCAUGCGCUGUUGAUCGAUUGUCGCAAUCUGGACACGGAACCAAUCCCGUUCGAUGCUCCCGAGCUGGCAAUACUGAUCUGCAACUCCAACGUCAAGCACGAGCUGUCCUCUAGCGAGUACCCGGUACGGCGGCGCCAGUGCCAGGAAGCGCUGGAACUGAUGGGCCUGAACAGCUACAGGGAUGCCACGCUGGAGCAUCUGAAAGCGUUGGAAAAUGCAAACGAGCUGCUGGUGCGCCGAGCCCGGCACGUCAUAACGGAGAUCGAGCGUACGAAGGCGGCCGCCGAAGCGCUUAAGGCGAAGGACUUUACCAAGAUGGGCCAGCUGAUGACGGAAUCGCACAAAUCGCUCAGCGAGGACUUUGACGUGUCCUGCUACGAGCUGGACCUGCUGGUCGAGGCCACCGUCGCGACCCGCGGCGUACUCGGAUCGCGCAUGACCGGCGGCGGGUUCGGUGGCUGCACGGUGACGCUGGUGCAGCGGGCAGCCCUUGCCGACGUGGUGAAAGAGAUGGACACGAUAUAUUCGCGCAAAACGGGCGGCAAGUACCGGGCGCGCUUCUAUCUCGCCCAGCCCGGCAACGGCGCGCGGCCAAUCGAGCUGGGCGAGUAUCUGCGGUAGAGUGUGCGACCAUUCCAUUGUUUUUAGAGCAUUAUGAAACGAAGGGAAAUAAAUCAAUUAAAGCUUUACCUUA